GAUGUCAAAAGGAGUCAAAGACGAGCAACUUCAACAUUUAAACGCAGCCCAAAACGAACUCAUUUCUGAAACAUGUUUCCUGAACGGGUACGCUGAAACUACGCUACCCACAAUGCACUGCGGACUGUAAACAGGAAAUGUGUGUCUCGCGCCGGGUUGUGGUUACGAUGCUGCUGCAGCAACUAAAUCUCUCAAAAAUAGAUGCUUGUGAUUUGGCUUUUGUUUUACGUGCAGCUCAAAUCUAAAACUUUGUCAUUAACGUUACAACCAUAAACUUUGUGUUAGCAGACUGAACGUGUGCAACGUGGCUAACGGCUGUUUAUGUAGUUACUGUUAGCUAGUCUGUAGCUGUAGCGGUGUGAUUGGGUUCAGUCUCAACUUACUGUGAGCAAAGUUGCCACAUUUUUAAAUAAAAAAAAAACGUCGCGACUAAACACACAAGUGUUAAAGCGAGACACAAUGCGUUAUGUAGCCAUAUGAUCUAACUAUAAUGGUGUAUUGGCUCUCUAACAUGCUCGCUGACCGCCGUCACAGAGUGGUUACCAAUGGAGACGGGAGACGCCUAAUCAGAUUUAGCUAGCUAGGUUAGGUUAGCUAGCCACCGUGAACGUUAACGCUGCCAGGAGAGAGUCAACAUGGCUACAAAGCUGAAGGGCAAAUCAUCCAAAAGUUUAUUUGGAGAUGAUGAUUUCCUUGACCACCUUUUUGAUGAUGAAAAACACCCUGUAAGGGGGAAAACAACCCGCAGUGCACCACUGAAUCGCUCUUCUGCCACUGAUAACAUCUUCAGUAUGCUAGCAGAGGAGGUGAAGAGGGAUGGUGGCGGCGCUGAGGACUCCGAUGUCUCUGCAGCAGAUCCCAGUGACAUACUGAAGAACAUGAAGGACAUGGAUGAUAUGGAUGCUGACCUUUUUUCAUCAAAGAAAAAGCCGAGUUCAGCUCCUGCACAAACAAAGCACUUCGGUAAUGAGGGGCCAAAGAAAGACUCCUCCGUGUUAGAACGGAGCAUAAAACCAGAGGGAGCAGACGAACCCACCACAAGUGGGAAGAAGCCAAACUCCGCGCCUUCGUCUACGGCACACAACUAUAAGAAAUUCACGUUCUCUGACAGUGAUGGUGAUGACGAAGGUCUUGGUCAGACACCUCACGCUAAAGAUCUAGACGACCCCCUAGCUGAUCUACUUGAUGACUUGCUUCCAGAUGAAACCAAGCCUGAAUCUAAAUCUAGCGCACAGCAGGCCAAACCUGGAAAAUCUGCACCAUCUUCUGCUAUCCCAAAGACUGAAACAUCAAAGGCAGCAAAGAAACAAGCUGAUCUUACAUUUGAUGAUGAUAAGGAUGACCUAAUGGAUGCGCUCGGAUUUGACAGCGACAAAAACAAUCCCAAGAAAAAAGAGUCUGCGCUGUGGCCCAACAAGGAACGGAGCGAGCCCCCUCAGAGACCUCGUACUAGACUAGAUGAGAUUCUGGAGAGUUUGCCUUCGCCUAGUCUUCUGGAGCGACCUCCGACGGGCGAAAGGAAGGACCAGCCUCAAGAAAAGCAGCAACAGGAGAAGACCUCCGCUGUGAAAGAAUCACUUUUAGAAGAUGACCUCACAUUUGGCUCCUAUCAGCCCACGCUAGUAUCCACGCCUGAAGGACGCCAGUCCCGCAGACAGUCUGUCAGAUUUUCUACAGAGGAUGUCAGUUCCACUACCCCAGAGAAGAAACCCAUACCCACCACCCCCACCUCCUCUCGACACCGCAACUCUGCUGACUGGCUAGGCCUCAAGGCAAACGUUGACCAUACCUUUGAUGCCAAAGAGACCAAGGCCUCAGCAGAGUCUCCAAAGGCUCCUUCCUCUCCUUUAGUAGAGAGAAGACCCUCCCUGACGAGUAGCCACAUCACAUCUGCCGCAAAAACGGCAGCAGACACGCCAGCCCCGACUGAUAAUAUCACGAAACAAACUAAGCCAGAGGUCUCCAAAAGCCAGAAGAGAGAAGAGGAGGAUGACUGGUUAGCAGGGGCACUGAGCAGGAAGAAGGCUCAGUCAGUGUCAAACUCUGAGGCAAGAGCGUCGAAGCAGGAAGACUCUUUAGGCCUGGGAGAAGAAGAGUCGAUUGUCAGUAAACAAGUCACUUCACAAGCUCCCAGGGGCGGAGAGGAGACUCUUACAUCUGUCAAGGAAACUAGCAACACUUUUCUUGGACAGCCGAGGCCCACUGCUCAUUCUACUCCUGUCAGAGAGAAGGGGACCAAGCAAGAUUUCCCUCCUCAAGUUACCGGUCCCUUGGCAGCCUCUGCUGCUAGCAUUAGCCACACCCAACCCCAGCAUCAGUCCCAACCCUACCACUUACCAUCCGAUAAGGGAUCCGGGGUGCCACGAGGGCCUAGUCAGGCUUCGGAUGAAACCCUGCAACAGCUGCCGUUGCUCAACCCUGUGUCUGCCAUACUGCCUGGCUCAAUGUGGUCAGUUCCACAGCAAAACCAAAUGCAAAAUACACCAGCUGCUGUCCAACAACAGGUGACAUUUUCAGCAGACAGUCUGCAGCAGCUGCUUCUACAACAGCAGAUGAUGCAGUCUCAGUUGCUGGGUCUAGGUUGUGUCGUGGAUGCAGGGGCCCUGCAGAGACACAAAGAGAAAGAGCAGCAACCUGGAGACUAUCAAACUUUACAGACUCGAAUCAUCCAGCUGGAGGGACAGGUGAAGACCCUGCAGCUGGAGCGAGACCAAAGCCAGAUGUUGCUAGAAAAUGUCCAGCAGCGGCAUAAACAGGAUAUGGAGCUCAUGGAAAAAACACACAAGGCUCGAGUGAAGCUGCUUGAGGAAUCAGCAGCCCAGAGGGACACGCAAGCGCGGCAGGAGUGUGAAGACCUAAUGGAACGCCUGGCUGCGGUAACACGAUUGGCUGAGCAGGAACGCACAGAGCUGCAGGCUCAGUACCAGCGCAAACUGGCCCAGGCCCAGCAAGACAGGGACCGCGAGGUGGAGAGACUCAGAGACCUUCAGAGGAAAUCUAUCUUGGAGAUGAAGAAGGACCACGAGGACCAGGUCCAGAGACUGAAGAAACUAAAGGAUGAAGAGAUUGAUGCGGUUACAAGCGCAACAUCUCAGACCAGGUCUCUUACAGUGGUGAUUGAACAGAUGGAGCAGUUCUCCUCUCGGCUUGGAGAGCUUUCUUCCCGGGUGGAGAGCACACAUGAACACUCGGCUCACGGCCUGGAGCAGGGAGCACGGCACAGAGACGAGCAGCUUCGAAUAAUGCAGGACCGUCUGGCCCAGCAGCAAAAAGCCAUGGCGGAGGAGAGAGCUUACCUCAAGGAAAUCAUUUCCAGGAUGGACACUCAGCUCAAUGAGCAGCAGAGACAGCUUGAGAAGGAACGCUGGAAGAUGACAGCAGAGCAGGCCAAGGCAGAGUCUACCCAAAGAGGCCUGGAGGACGAGCGACGUGCCCUCAGCAUGCAGAUCAACAUGGAAAGAGAGGAGCUGGAAAGAGCCAAGAGUGCAUUACUGGAGGAGCAGAAGUCAGUGAUGCAGCAUUGUGCAGAGGAGAGGAGGAAGCUGGCAGCUGAGUGGGCCCACUUCCAUGCCCUGGAGAAGCAGAGGCAUGAGAGGGCCGAGCGGGAGGUCAGCAGUCUCUUGGAGAAGAGAGAGGGCUCCAUCAUCAGUCUGGCACAGGAACAAGCUGACCUAAAGCUUCACACUGCAGAGCUGAAACAAAAGCAGAUGUCUGUGGCACAGGAGAGGGAGACUCUGGAAAGACUAAGAGAAGAACUGGACAGAGAGAAAGAGAGAAUAAGCAGCACGGCCUUGAGACUCAAGACACGAGCCCAAGAGGUGGAGGCCUUUAGCAAGCUUGCUGCAGAGAAGCACGAGGACGGAGAACGAGCCUUGCAGGAGGCAAAACGUGUGGAGGUUGAGCACGAGGCAAGACUCAGAAAUAUCCAUACGCAGACCGAGCGGCUGAGGCAGCAAGAACAACGGAUACUUCAGGAGCAGAUGCGGUUAAAUCAUCUGCAGAAGGAGACAGAGAGACCUAGACAAGACACUACAAUUUCCUCUUUACCACAAAUGAUUCCACCCGUGUUACCAGAUGCAGGUUCAGUGUCACCGAACCUUGAGCUGGCAUCAACCUUGAAUAUUCCCCCUCCUAUUUCAUUUGCCAACCCUCAGGCCAUGGCUCUUCAGGCUAGUCUGGCUCUGUGGAAGUACACUGCAGAAAGGGACCAUGAAUACCUCCAAGAAGAGCAGAUCUUCUUGGAGAAUUUGAAGAAGAAAUCUUACAGAUCAUCUUUCAACACCGAUUGACCAAGACACGCUGGGUGCUCCCCAGUAGGAUCCCUGUUACUUUUCAUGUGCUUGAAUUUUAUACAACACCUUAAUUUUAUUAAACAUGUUUUAGAUGAAA